AUGCCGCCUUCACCGCCGUCCCCCCACCCGGAAUCACAGUACUUCUCACUGAAUCCUCAACGCUGCUUCUUUCCGUUGCGCACAACCUCAAGCAUAAGCCAAGAUCUCCGUUUAGGUCCAACGAACUCAGCUUGCACCUGUCUACACUUCUCACAAUAUCACACUCAUCCUGUACAAAUGGCUAUCAAUUGGAAAGAGUCAGACGCGAAGGACCGCCUCCUUGCCGCAGUUAUUGCUGCUUCAACCCACCUUAACAUGAACGAGGUAGCACGUCUCUUUGGCCAGGGCGCGACCUACGAUGCCGUCGAAUGCCAGCUUCGCAAGGUCAAGAAGUUGGCAGCCAAACUGAAGGUAGAAGCGGCUGGACGUCCCAGCGCGGCCGUGGUGCCCUCCAGGUCCAAGUACAAGACCAUCGAGAGCCCAGCCAAGACUCCCGUCAAGACCGGUCGCGUCGCCAAAGCCAUGAAGGCCACUGACCGCAAGACCAAGGUCAAGUUGGAGCUGCUUGAAGAUGAGGUCGAUGCCGUCCUUGACAGCACAGCCAGCGAGGAACUCGAGGAGUCAGUUUGA